CAUUUGUUGACGUCGUCGUCUAAACGUGCGACUAGUCUUUCCAUAACGGCGGAACCGCAAAUCCAGCUGGCAAUUUAUCACUAGCAAGCAAAGCAACUGAUGCUUUGGCUUCUUAAUUAUUUGAACAGCACGCCAGAUAUUUACUUUAAUAAAUAACGUUGAUGUGAAGAUACGUAACUUGCUGUUAUAGUCAGCCAGUAAUGUGUUGUUAGCUUAGCUUAGCGGAAGUGAGUGAAGCAGCGUUGCUCAACAGAGAUGUGUCUCAAUAAGGAAGGGAGUUGUUUCAGUAACACCAAGCAGCCAUUGUGACUACAAAGCUGUCGUUCAUGUGCCAGUGUGGUAAACUGCCGUUGGUUAAAUAGGUUUUCUUGGAAACUUGGGCAGCAUGUUGAACGUCCCGCCGCAGUCUUUCCCUGCGGCGAGUUCCCCGCAGCGGGUCGCUCCGUCCGGCCAGUCCGGCAGGAACAAGGUGGCCUUGAAGCCUGGCCACAGUCUAAUGGACUGGAUCCGUUUUUCCAAGAGUGGAAAAGAUCUGACUGGACUCAGAGGGCGCCUGAUUGAAGUUACCCAGGAAGAGCUGAAGAAACACAACACAAGAGAGGACUGCUGGACCUGCAUACGAGGCAUGGUUUACAAUGUGACCCCAUAUAUGGACUACCACCCUGGUGGAGAAGAGGAGCUGAUGAAGGCAGCUGGAAUAGAUGGCACUGACCUGUUUGACCAGGUCCAUCGCUGGGUGAACUACGAGUCCAUGUUAAAAGAGUGCCUGGUGGGCAGGAUGGCCACCAAGGUCACCACAGCUAUUAAAGCUGUCACCCCUCCUCCACCACUGACUGGCCUCGCCCCAUCUAUCUCAGCGGCUCCUCCCCCAGACAAAGACUCUCGGCCUCGGUAUGACUGGUUCCAAACUGAUGUGACUGUUCAUCUGGUCAUUUAUGUUAAAAGGAAGAUCCCCAGCUCAGGCUGUACUAUUGUUGACCUUGAGGCAGGUGUUCUACGACUGGAAGUGCUACUGGGGAAAAUGUCCUACAUGAUACAUUUACGUCUAGCAGAUGAAGUUGAGGGAAAUGUUGCUGUCCACACUGCCUUCUUAGUGGGAAAGAUCCAGAUCAGCAUACGCAAGCAGGCUAAAGGAAAAUGGACAAGUCUUGGUCAACCACUGGAAUUUCACAAUACAUUUCUACGCAAAAAAGACAGAGCUCUCUACUAUAGGGAUUGUGUGUUGGUGUCUAAGACUGAGGUAAACCACAACACCCACGUGUUCAGAUUGCAACUUCCACAUGGGACUGUCAUGCAUGUGCCUGUUGGAAAACAUGUCUACCUCAAAGCCCUCAUUCAAGGCACAGAGAUUGUGAGGCCAUACACUCCAGUAGAUCAGAACCUGGCAGCAGCUUCCCACAACUCCUCACAGGAAUCAGACCUCUACCUCAUGAUCAAAGUUUACCCUGACGGAGUCUUAACCACACAUCUCAACAGCCUGCACAUCGUCUUUUUCCAUUCUUCGUUCUAUUUUUCUUGGGUACGGUAUUUUAAGACUAAAUGA